AAAAUAAUAAUUCAGUUUUAUUUGUAUUGCCCCGAGUCACAUCAUACAUCAGUGGUAAGCAGUUUGUGGCUCGUGGGCGAAAUCUGUCCCGCCAGCAUCAGCAACUGGCCCAACAGAUGAUUUAACAAAUCUGAUCUUAAAUCAAUGUUAUAGUUAACGACAACUAAUGAAAUAAUGAAAACUGAAAUUGAAAAAUAAAUUUUUCAAAUAAAACUAGAGGUUGAAAAAACCCAGCAAUAACUAACUGUAACUGAAUUGUGUGUUUACAAAACUUGUUUUUGUCUUUGUAAAUUAAUUUCAUAUAUAAUCUUUUUGAGCUCCUAUGAAAGUGUAUUUAUUUUCUCUCUAAAGUAAAGGAAAUGUCUAAAAUGUCAAUAUUUAACAGAGGAGUCUGAUAUAUUUAGCGACAGCUCUGCCGGCAACUCCGCCCAUGUUGAGGAGGAAUCAUGGAAAACAACGUGACUGAUACCAAACUGAAUCGAGUUAGAAGUGUAUAUUAGUUCCUCUGUGUUUUGAUAAUGUUUGUUUUGCAGGAUGACACUUUUAAACUGUUAUGUCGACUGCGCCUGUUGAGGAGGUCAAAACCAGCAAAACUCCACGAUCGGUUUGUGUUGAAGUGCUAUGUCGAACUUCACUAACCACGUGCGCCUUUCUGGUGACAACGCACGGGGAGGAGCGGGAAACUUUAAGAGGAAAAACAUACAGUUCUCAGAGAGAAAGCGAUUUCUCGAAGGUAAACACAAGAACAACCAGCACGGCGGAUGGUCCAGACUUGACUACACUCCACGCCACAAUGGAGCGUGCUCAGAUCGACCGGCACCACCUGCUGCUACCACACAGAGGAGGGGUUUAGCACAUGCAGGUUCCAGGCCUUCAGGCUCUGCACACAGCCUGCUGCCUUCCUCUUCUCUCAGUGUGAACACAACAGCAGCUGCAGCAGGCCCCUCCACAUCCUCCUCGUCCUCUGCAGCAAUCCCAACAAAAUACCUGGCUUUUGACUGUGAGAUGGUGGGUGCAGGACCUAAAGGACACAUCAGCCAGCUGGCACGCUGCAGUAUCGUGUCCUAUGACGGAGACGUUGUUUACGACAAGUUCAUCCACCCCUCCAUGCCUGUCACUGACUACCGCACCCGAUGGAGUGGCAUCCGACGCAGUGAUCUCGUCAAUGCCACGCCUUACACGGAGGCUCGGAAGGAGAUCCUCAAGCUGCUGAUGGGGAAGGUGGUGAUUGGCCACGCCGUCCACAAUGACUUCAAGGUCCUCGGCUACUCUCAUCCCAAGGCCUUGACCAGAGACACGUCACGGAUCCCUCUGCUCAACCUGAAGGCCGGCUUUGCUGAGAGCGAGUGUGCGUCACUGAAGAGACUCACCAAAGCCAUUUUUAACCGUGACAUCCAGGUUAGACGUGCAGCUCACUCCACUCAUCGAGCCACCAUGGAGCUGUACAAGGUGGUGGAGGAGGAGUGGGAGGGGACACUCGCCUCCAAACCGCAGGGCAGAUAACGAGUGGUGCGACGGUGCCGGCCCAGGUCGUGUGAACAUGAGCGUGGGUGAACGAACCGCGUUCUACGUGACCGUGGCUGACCCUUCUUUAUCAUCCCAGGGAUUUUAAGUGUCCUUGACCUCGUGUGGAGAAAGACCACAGCAACACCUGAACUCAUGAGCAGCUGGACAAAGCUCCACCAGCUGUCUGCAGGUAAAACUCUGACAUUAUCCCGGGAGAAGGAGGAGGACAUAAACCACUGCUGGAUCACACACUUUGCCUUGACCUUUUAUCAUUAUUGUUGUUAUUCUAACAGUUAACAGGGCUGUCACUUCAAAAUUAAAAAAAAAAAAAAAAAUCAAGAUUGCAUACAUUUCAACAUGACAGUUUUUAUUUUUUAGGGUUGCAGUUAAUUUAAUUAUUUUCAUCACAGAUUACUAAACUGUCAACUCAUCAGUUUGAGUGUGGGUUUUUAAUUAUUACCCUAAUAUAGAAUUAGAUUUGUGUCAAUAUUUUCAAACAACUCUUUAAGAAGAAAAUGAAAUAGCAAUUUAAUCAAUCAAUAUUGUAUUUUAUCGUUUGAAAAUACUCUUGUUCUUUGCACCCCCUGAUUUGUUUUUUGCGUUGUGGUUCUUUUGUUUGUGGGCGGGUCUUAGGAAGCUGUCUGAGUUCCAGACAGACAGCGACUCCAAGCCUGUGACAUUUUCCCACAAACGAAAAACCACUGUGCAAGUGUAUUUUCAAACAAUAAAAUACAAUAUUUUUAAAUAAUUAAAUCGACUUUUGACUUACCUUUUAAAAAGUGUUCAAAUCUAAUUCCAGACCCUCACUGCCACGGGAAUAAUACACAUCGUGUGUAACAUCGUGUUCAUAUGUCACAUCUGUACAAAAUGUGUGUUUUCGUCAUCUUAUGUGUUGUCGAGACAAAGUUAUGAUUAAUUUUUACGUCGCAUGUUUAAAAAAAGAAAGAAAGAAAAGAAACGAGAGUUGUGUUUAUUGUUCAGAAGUGUCACAAAAUAGACAGUUUUUAUUCUAUUUUUGUUCAUAACAACAAGCCAAGUGAACUUUGAGCUGUGACGUGUUUCACAAAUUACACCAAUUCAGUCCGAUUUUUAAGAUUUUGAGUACCUUUUUUUUACUCUGGUGUGUUUAUAAAUAGAAAUUUCAUGAGAUUGUCUAUAGGCUGAUAAACAGAUAAACAGGAUUUUAAAAGUCCAUUUUUAAUUCAAUGCAAACCGUUUUUAUGCCCCACAAAAAAAAAAAAGAGUGACAGCCCUCAUAGGUUACUUCUCUCUCAGGAAAUGGUUGAAUAGUUGAAAUGGUGCUCCUGCCACCAGGGGGCAGUCAUGUAUUCACUCAUGCAAUGAAAAGCUCACCAGUGCAACAGCAGCUGUGAAAGCAAACACCAAAGGUCACAUUUUUAUUGUGUUUUUUUGACAUUUUAUACAGAGACUGGACCUCAUGGUCGCUCACGCUGUUCCACUGAACUGUGUCUGAGCGUCACCAUGACGACAGAUGCAACAAAAACAGUACCUGACUUUUGUUUAUAGUUGUAGUUCAACAUUAAAAAUAACUUCCUCUCUGAAA